CGGGUUUGUGCAGCUGCUUGCAGGCUUCUUGGCAGGCGUGUUCACCUACGCACUAGAGGGACAGGAUGCAGGAAGGGAGUGGAAUACUGAGAGAGGGCUUUCUUGUUAAAAAGGGACAUGUUGUCCACAACUGGAAGGCAAGAUGGUUUGUUCUUCUCCAAGACAGGUUGCUCUAUUAUAAACUUGUGAGAGGAAAGAAGGAACCUUCUCCAAAGGGUAGGAUUCUUCUGGAUGGCUGCACUAUCACCUGCCCAUGUUUGGAGUAUGAGAACAGGCCGUUGGUUAUUAAACUGAAGACAAAGACUAGUACGGAAUAUUUCCUCAAUCCUUGCUCUCAAGAAGAGCGUGACUCUUGGGCUUUAGAUAUUACUGGUGCUAUUCAUGCCGGCAAUCCAGUACAAGUCCAACAGCUUCACCUCAUGAAAAAUUCCUUCAAACUACCAUCAAAUAUCAGCCUGAAUCAUAUUGUAGACAAAAUGCACGACAACAGCAAUGGAAUGAAGUUAAUACCUAACACAGAACAAGGCAACACGUAUAAAGAAAGUUUUACAGGUUCUGUGCUGGUGGACUGGCUGAUUUCCAAUCAUUUCACAGCCUCUCGGCUAGAGGCAGUCACGCUGGCCUCUGUGCUGAUGGAAGAAAAUUUCAUCAAGCCUGUGGGAGCCCGGAGUGUUGAGGCCAUGAGGAAUGGUGACCUGGCUGAGCAGUUUUUAGAUGACUCCACAGCACUGUAUACAUUUGCUGAAAGCUAUAAGAAGAAAAUCAGCUCCAAGGAAGAGCUUCAUCUUAACAUUCUUGAACUGAGUGGCACAAUUGUAAAACAAGGCUUUUUAAUCAAACAGGGGCACAAGAGGAAGAACUGGAAAGUGAGGUGCUUUGUCCUGAGGGCUGACCCUGCUUUUCUACACUAUUAUGACCCCACAAAGGAAGAUAACAGGCCAGUUGGAGGGUUUUCUCUCCGUGGCUGCCUUGUCUCUGCAUUGGAGGAUAAUGGAGUCCCAGCAGGUGUGAAAGGAAAUGUGCAGGGAAAUCUCUUCAAAAUCAUCACUAAGAAUGACCUUCACUAUUAUAUACAGGGCAGUUCCAAGACGGAGAGGGCAGACUGGAUUGAAGCCAUCAAACAGCUAACAUAAGACACUUGCAGAAGUGUAUAUGGACAAGGGCAGAACUCACUUAUUGUUUACUGAUUUCUGGGUACACAGUGGUGAUCUUGAGGUGGAUGGGUAGGUUGUUUCAACCAUGCAUGUAGCCAGCACCUGUCAAGUCUAUGUGGGCUUCAUCAUGAUGCAGAAAAAUUAUAACGUGUGCCUAAAGCUUGAAAAUCCUGCUCAUAUGUACCUAUUUUAGUCAGUUGCUAUGAAUGCUCCAAGGUUAUGACAUAUCCUUUCCCUGGAAUUAUUCUGGGAUUCUGAGCAUUCCACCAGGUUCUUUCAUUCCAGUAAAGCUAUACUGGCUGACACAGAUAAAUCUAAAAUAUAGACUUUCUUGCUUAGACUAAAAAUGGGGAUACCAGAUUUGCAGGUAUCCACCUUCCAUCUGGAUCCAUACAACUCCUCAGCCUACAAGGCAAUAUAACAGAGGUGACUAACUUUAGCUUUCCACCUGUUGUCCGACUACAACUCCCAAAAUCCCUUGCCACAAUUUAUUGUGGCUGGGGUUGAUGGGAGUUAUAGCCCAACAACAUCUGGAGAACCUCAAGUUGGCCAGCCCUGCAAUAUAAGGUACUGCUCCAUAUCAGUAUAUUUUGGUUUUGACAGCAUUCAGGUAUUGGUUUUUAGUGUCCUAUUUUGUAAAUGACACAUCUUGUGAAGAAGCUCUCAGUGUUGCUAGGCACUGUUAAUGAUGGAAAAUUAAGUUGUUGUUUUUAAAAAAGAUAAAUAUGUGGUAUAUUGUAAUAAUAUCUUCUGUUAUUCUUUUUGUAUAAGAAUAAGAAUUUUGUAUUUUUGAUUUUGAAAAAUCAAAAUGUGUUUGCUACUAAAAAAGUAAAUAUUUUUAAAUUUG